AGCGGCACCGGCUCAAGCGGACCAGCGGUCCCAGCGCCGUGCGGACCGCGGAUCUCACCGCGCUCCGCGCCCCAUGGAUGUGACCCUACCAGCGGCGGCCCCUCCUGAGGACAAUACUACUCAGACCUCAAGGGAGCAGCCGACGCAGAAAGAGAUCCGAUGCAGCCGACUAGUGGCAGAAAACCAGAAUCCGAGUGCACGAUACGUGGGAAACACUCCAAAGGAGGAGCUGCUACUAGAACACGUGCGCGAAUUUGAGGAUCAGUUUGUGAAUGUCUAUGGAAAUCGCUUCUUGUUCCUUUGUCCGCCCAAUGAGUAUGGAAUUCCCAAGUUCCUUCCUUCCACUAUCCGACCCACGCACCUACCCUACCAAGAGCUCUACGAGUACAAGUCCUGUGCCAAAUUCUUGGCGGACUUCUUCAACUACGAUGAGCUUGCUCCUCCUGAUCGAUAUCCCAGUGUGAUCCCUGCACCUGCUUCAGUGCUCACCUGGCAGGCAGGAGAUUGCUUCGACCUCUCCAUUGCUUUGGCCUCUUUACUCAUCGGAGUUGGUUACGAUGCUUAUUGUGUGAGCGGCUUCGCGCCCAGAUUCAUCACUACACGA